CCACUGGGAGUUGAGAGUCUUUGGUCAAGCAACUCCUUCAAAAGUGUUUCUUUGGACAACUCAGUAGCCUCUGAUAGUGAAGAUAGCAACUCCCCGGGAUGCCUCCCCAUCAUAACUUCCAAUGCCACCACUCCGAAGCUGUAAACAUCAGAUUUCUCUGUCACCCUCAUUGUGUUGUUACAUCACAUGAUUGGAAUUGGUUCUAAAGCGUACCUGGAGCCAUAUAGCCAUAAGAGCCUACAACGGAAGUCCAGUUGGAUGAAUCAGCACUCAACAGUUUUGAUGUGCCAAAGUCGGCUAGCUUCGGCUCAAAUUCUGUCUCAAGCAAUAUGUUAUUUGCUGACACAUCACGAUGCACAAUGGGGGGAGAGCAGUCGUGGUGCAGAUAGUGGAUGACUUAAGGUGCCAUACAAGAUGCUGGCUCUUGAGUGUGAGGUGUUGAAGCCCUGUCAAGUUCCCAAUUUGGGGCGGUAUGGUUCCGCUAAGCAUGUUGCUGCUCAAGUCCAAUGAAACCAAGCUCCGCGCAUCUCCAAUGGCGGGAGGGAUUGAACCGGUGAAGUUGUUCCCGGAGAUGUUGAAAUGCGCGAGGGAAGCAAAAGAAGGGAAAUCGAGGUGGUCGAGAGUGCCAGAGAGGCCUCCAUUAGCAAGGUUGAUCUGGGAAACAGUUGUCCUGUUGUUGCAGACAAUCCCAGACCAUUUGCAGAGGUUUUUCAGGCCGGGCAGCGACCACGAACUGAGCGACGAAGAUGAAGAAGGGGAGGAAGAGAUGAAGAGAGUGUUCUUCCAUUUGACAAGAGCUUCAGCUUCUGUUCUUGCUGAUGCUGCUUUUGUUUCCAGUACAAAGAAACUCAUGAGGAAGAAGAAUGCCACGUAAUUCCCAUAGGAUAUUUUCAUGGUUUUUUUUCUUUUUCUCUUUGAGGAUCAAAGAAGAAUUAUGCCCUCCUAAAAAGUUGGCAAUUAGUUAGCCAUGAACAAAGAUAGAUAUAAAAUCUGGUUCUUUGA